AAGGAAAUAAAGUCGAAUGUAAUUAUUUCAUGCUGGAAAAAAUAUUUGAACAGAGCGAGAAACUAUUGGAAGAUGAUCGAAGUUGGAAUGGAAGAUAAAGAUGAUGACAGUGACGAGAACUUCGAUGAGGAUUUUGAUGAGAAUUUGAAUGAUUCCG